CAGCGCAGCGCGAGGGGGGUGUCCGCUGUUCACUGUCCACUGUCCAGCUCACUGUGCUGAAUAGACAGGCUACCUACGGCCAUCAUGUCCAACAAGGACGAUAUUCGCUAUUGCCACAGAUGCUCUUACGUAGUCCUCAAGUUCCUCUUGUGUUUUUAUUCCAUCAUCUGGUGGCUUAUAGGUGGCUGUAUCCUGGCUGUAGGCAUAUAUGCGGAGGUGGAGAGGCAGCACUACAAGACUCUAGAGGGAGUGUUUUUGGCCCCAGCUAUUAUCCUGAUCCUGCUGGGCAUCCUCAUGUUUGUAGUCUCAUUUAUUGGCGUUUUGGGUUCACUGAGGGACAAUCUGACUCUGCUGAAGGUGUUUAUGUACGCGUUGGCGGUGUGCCUGAUUCUGGAGCUGCUGGGAGGGAUAUUGGCUCUGGUUUUCCGCAACCAGGCGAUGGAUUUGGUUAAUAGAAACAUCAGGAGAGGCAUUAAAAACUACUAUGACGACUUGGACUUCAAGAACAUAAUGGAUUUUGUUCAGAAAGAGUUUAAAUGCUGUGGAGGUCAAGAGUACAAGGAUUGGUCGGUCAACAUGUACCACAAUUGCUCUGCCCCAGGUCCUUUAGCCUGUGGAGUCCCCUACACCUGUUGCAUCACCACCAAGCCUAAUGAAGUGGCCAACACUCUGUGUGGUUACAAAGUGCUCAAGAAAGAGCGUUUGGAUUUAAUCGAUGUCAUUCACAUCAGAGGGUGUACUGACGCCUUCUUCAUCUGGCUAAUGGACAACUACAAGUAUAUGGCAGCUCUGUUGCUGGGAAUCCUGCUGCCUCAGUUCUUUGGAGUGAUUGUGAGCUGGCUGUACAUCACACGAGUGGAAGAUGCUAUAACAGAGUUCGGCCAUUACAGGGAUGCACUCCUGGACUCGGCGAUGGAGACUAAGAGUCAUGGCCGUGUUACAAAGUGGUUUAAGUGCAUGCCAGAUUUUGACUAAAGGGACAGCUAAUGGACACUAGCUCCUCAAACUCUCCACUGACAACAAUCCAUGUUGCACAAAUGCUUGAUUGUGCCUUGAUCGGUCUCAGGGAUAAACAAACUGUUCAGGCAUGCCACUACAACAGUGUACAACUUUUACUAUGGAUUUUUACAUUAAGAAGGAUACGGAAAUUAAGCAACCUUGUGUCAAUUCAACGUUUUAAUAGUUUAAUCAAUAAUCAAGCCUUAUCAGUUUUAAUAGUUUGUUAUACUGCCGUUUCAGUUUAUUACUAAUAUCUAACUAUCUACCUACCUAUCUAUAUAUUAUAGAGUUGUACACUUAGUUGUCAGUUGUUGCUUUGUUUUUAUAUUCUUCAUUAUUAUUCGUUUUCUGAUAGUUUCCUACUAAUGUAGCAAUUUUCAAGUUCAGAUCAUGACCUUGUUUUGUGGUACAGUUAUAAUUAAUUUUUUAUUUCAAAAUUUCAAUUAAUUUGCUUCGAUCUACCCUUUUAAUUACUGCUAUCUCUAUAAAAUGUGUAGUAGUUUUUUUUAAAAGGCUAACCGUAGCUGAACAAUAAUGUGAAGUGUGCUCCUGCUCCCAUCUCCCGAUGAACAGAGCAGAGUAAAAGGAGACCACGAUCAAUUUGUCCUUUACAUUGCUACUUUCUGUUUGGCCUUGAAACUUAAUCUGAUUUCAACAAAGGCAGAUAGUUUGAGAUUUGAUGUUUCUUCAGUGGCAUUUUGCAGUUUAGUUACUAUUAAGGGGUAAGAUGAUGUUUAGUGGUGCAUUUUCACUCAUCACCAGUAUGGGGAAAAAUAUCUUGAAAAUGUGACAAAAUGACUUGCAGUGGGAUGUACUUUGUAACAUAUUCUAACACCUGGUCUAGUCAGAGUACUGUAUUCUGAAUUGAUACUUUGCAGCUGAACAUUCCCUGGGGUUGUGGUGCUAAUUGUAGACACUGCUCUGUCUAAAGCUCUGUUAAACAAGUUUAAUCUGCUGAUUAAUUUAACACUAUCUGACCAUAAAGAACUCAUAAAGAAUUACAACAAGUGAGAUGAUCUGUGCUGUUAAACAACUCCUCCUCAAAUAACACGAAAGUCACAAGAUAACAAGCAUAAGCCAACAGUUUUUCAGAUAGUCACUCACCUUUUUGCGUUUUCAGACAAUCAUAAAAUCUUUUGGUGUAGUUAUUGCUAAUAUGUGCACUGUGUCACCAUGGUAACUUCUAAACACUCCGCCAAUAGGCAUACAUGCAGAACAUCCCCAGAGUGAUGCUGUAGCAAACUAUCAAUAUUUAGAGUUAUAUUGUUACACGGCAUUGGAUUAAAUCAACUUUGUUCCACUGUUUUGCAUUUAUUAAUCACUGAAUUGAGAAGGAAAUAUUGCACAUGCAUUUGUAAGAGCUGUAUUUUCUUCUUUUCUCACAAAUACAUUUGGUUUUAGGAAAUUACUGUAUUCUGAAAAGCUACAGUUAGUUGUAGUAUUCUGAAAGCAUAUCAGUUCAUGUUACUUCCCAAUGCUCAUCAUCACCUAUAGUUUUAGAUAUUAAUUAUAGAUUGUUUUUUGUUUUUUUAUGAAGUUGAAUUUUAAACUGAAGUGUGUUUUUCUUUGUCUUCCAGGUAUAUUUAACUUUGAUUAGUAAGCUUUUUGGAAUGACAGGUGAUGUGGGGAAAACUACUAUUUGAGUGUGAUUGGUGAAGAGUGAGUGAACAAUAAAAACAUGUUUUAUUAUG